AUGAAAGUUUACGUAUGUGGCUCCUUGAACUACGACUUAGUAACUUUUACGGAUCGUAUUCCUGAUGCAGGUGAGACAUACAGAGCGAAUAAGUUUGAAACACAUGCAGGUGGAAAGGGGUUGAACCAGACCAUAGCUGUGUCCAAACUUUUAAGCGCAGACCAGGGCGUCAAAGUGUCAAUGAUUGGACACGUCGGCGACGACUCGUUCGCUGGUGAGCUCAUCGAAAUUCUCAACCGAAAUGGGGUUGAUACUAGGCUAGUGACAGCUCUUAAAGGAGUUAAUACAGGGGUUGCUACAAUUAUCGUUGAGCAAAGAACCGGGCAGAACAGGAUUCUUAUCUCAGAAGGAGCAAACGGGCAUACUAAGUUCGACGAAAAUCACUUGGAAGUAAUGUUCCCGCCAGAAUCACAGGGCGAAGGACCAUUUUAUGUGAUCUUCCAAAACGAGAUUCCCGGCACUAUUUCUGCUAUGCGCUGGUUGAAACAAAAUAGACCUGAGAGCGUCAUUGUGUAUAAUCCGUCUCCUUUCAAGGACGUUGAGCGAGGCGACUGGUCCUUGGUUGACCUGCUGGUAGUUAAUGAGAUCGAGGCACUCCAAGUCCUGGAGUCGGGCUUUGGUGCUGCAGUAAUGGCUGAGUACAAGAGCAAGAUCAAUGUUGACUUUGUUGCUGGUUACAAGGAGGUUGCGAUAAAUCUACAGUCGAAACUAAUCAGCGGCAAAUCGUCGAGUUUUGUUGUAAUCACUUUGGGCGAAAAAGGUUGUGUGUUUGCUUCUGAAGAGUCACAAAAAGCGCAGUUCGUUGAAGCACUUCGCGUCGAAAACGUAAUAGACACAACUGGCGCAGGGGACACUUUUUUGGGAGGAGUCGUUUCUCAGCUCUGUACAAACCAUUCGUUGAGAGAUAGCGUUGCAUUUGCAACAAAGGCCAGUUCACUAAGCAUUCAACGUAGCGGCGCGGCAGAAAGUAUCCCAGUGCAUUCUGAAAUCUAG